AGAUUUGGCCCAACACACUACUCACACCAGCCAGCCCACCACUAUUGCAAAGUGGUCAAGUUUCAGGAAGAGCUGGAUAUUGAUGUUCUUGUUCAUGGAGAACCAGAGGUAAGUCAGCGUUCUGCCUUCUAUGCUUUUGUUUGCGAGGUGUUAAGGUAUAAGUGUAUAACCACACUCCAAUGUUGAAUAUGCAGAGGAAUGAUAACUUUACUGCAAAUUGAUGGGUUCAAUCUUACUGAUCGCGCCGCGUGAAGCCGCCUAUCAUCUAUGGUGAUGUUAGCAGUCUCAAACUAAUGAAUGUGUUCUGGUCCACUACAGUUCAGAGCAUGACCAAGCGCCUGAUGAAGGGAAUGCUUACUUGCCCAGUCACGAUUCUCAACUGGUCUUUUGUUCGAAACGACCAGCCAAGAUCUAAAACUUGCUAUCAGAGUGCUUUGGCAAUUAAGGAAGAAGUAGAGGAUUUGGAGAAGGCAGGAAUCACUGUUAUCCAAAUUGAUGAAGCUGCUUUGAGGGAGGGAUUACCUCUUAGGAAGGUUGAGCAUGCAUUUUAUAUUUGAACUGGGCUGUUCACUCUUUCAGAAUCACCAACUGUGGAUUUGUGGUGUCCAUUAACACUUGCUAUGCAUGGAAUUUCUUAUAAGAAUCUUGGAUAUUUUCAAACGGGCACUUUAACUCUUUCUGUUAAAUAGGCACUAACAAUUUCUGGGCAUUUUAACCUUGCCUAUAUAAAAGAAUUAUGUGAAGUAUAUCAGAGGUCUUCAAUGAUAUCAUCCACUCCAUUAUUGACAUGGAUUCUGAUGUGAUAACAAUUGAGAACUCGGGUUCCGAUGAGAAGCUUCUCUCGGUUUUCUGUGAGGAUGUGGAUUAUGGUGCAGGAAUUGGGUCAGGUGUGUAUAACAUCCACUCUCCCAGGAUACCCACCACAGAAGAGAUUGUGAAUAGAAUCAACAAAAUGCUUGCGGUUCUUGAAACCAAGAUCUUGUGGGUCAACCUGGAUUUUGGCCUUAAGACCUGCAGGUACACUGAGGUGAGCCCCACUUUUGAAAAUUUUGUUGCUGCAGCCAAACAGAUCUGUGCUCAGCUGGCCAAUGCCAGGUGAGCCCCCUCACUACCACCAUGUAUUUGUAUGUGUCUCCAUUACUCCAUAGUUGGGAUUUGAGAUUAAAUAUAAGUGUCUAUCUUGGUAGCCUGGUGUUUCACUGUUUCCUUGGCACAUUUUGUUUUUACUCUCUUUUUUUCGGUAUUUGUUUUAAAUAUUUUUACUUCUGGAAAGAAGUUAUAUCCUGUAAUUUUUACGGUUUGUAGCCUAGAUGUAUUUCACACAAAUCCCUAUUUUGUCAACUUCAGAGGGAUACCUCAGUUUGUGCUUGGCUGGUAUUUCUGGGCUUCUAAAUGUUGUAACUCAUCCUCUAUUCCAC